UUUCUUCACGUUUGGGGAAUCGGUGUGCGUUUUGUGUUGGUAUUUUGAAUGAUGUAGUUGUGAUGUAGCUUGUAAUUACUUUAAAAAAUAUUCAUGACAAAUUAUUCGCGAAAGGUGAAAUAUAUAUUUUAUUGUGAUUAAAAACCAAGAAAUACAUUCGACCUAAUCAUGGCGGAUCCACUGAGCUUACUUCGCCAAUAUAAUGUAAAUAAAAAAGAAAUAAUUGAACGUGACAAUCAAAUAAUAUUCGGAGAAUUUUCUUGGCCAAAGAAUGUUAAAACUAAUUAUCUUAUGUGGGGAUCUGGUAAAGAAGGCAGUGUUAAGGAGUAUUACACGUUGGAAUGCCUUCUUUUUAUACUUAAAUACAUAAAAUUAUCACAUCCAGUGUAUGUCAGGCAAGCAGCAGCGGCGAAUAUACCUGCUGUACGUCGUCCAGAUCGUAAAGAACUACUGGCUUAUUUAAAUGGUGAAACGGCUACAUGUGCUUCGAUUGAUAAAAGUGCCCCAUUAGAAAUUCCUACUCAGGUAAAACGUACCCAUGAUCAUGAUGGUGUGGAAUCUGCUGCUAAAAAACCUCGCAUUGAGGAAACUCAUGUCCAAAAAGUACGAGAACAACUGGCUGCUCGUCUGGAUGCACCAAAAGAAGCAUCAGUCACAGUUGACAAUAUCAAAUCCUUAUCAGAGGCUAUGUCAGUUGAAAAAAUUGCCGCAAUUAAAGCUAAACGUUUAGCCAAGAAAAGAACAACAAUUAAGAGUAAUGAUUACUCAGAUACUCUUGGAGUAGUGGGUUCAGACUUGCGAGCUAUCCUCGACUAUGAUGUUGAUCUUACAAAAGAUAUUAUCAGCCGAGAAAGACAGUGGAGGACUAGAACAACAGUAUUACAGAGCAAUGGAAAAAUGUUUGCUAAAAGUAUUUUGGCAUUGCUGGGCAGUAUCAGAGCCCGUGAAGAAGGUAGACCAGGCAUACCCAGACCUCAACCAGUAAUUAUGCCACAGCCUACCAAUAUACCAGCUCAACAAACACAGUACAACAGAUAUGACCAAGAAAGAUUUAUCAGACAGAAAGAAGAAACGGAAGGAUUCAAGAUUGAUACUAUGGGUACAUAUCACGGUAUGACAUUGAAGUCGGUGACAGAAGGUCCCAGUGUUCCUCUAGCGGCUCGUGCUCCACAGACCCCUACUCAUCCACGUCAAAUGUCUCAGAACGGUUCGAUGCCGAACAGUACGCCAGGGCGACGUGAACUAUUGCCCGUGACGGCGGCGCGACCUCCGCCCGGCGCCGGCGGGAAGAGACCGUCGCGCACACCCAUCAUCAUCAUACCGGCCGCCGCCACCUCCCUCAUAUCCAUGUUUAAUGUUAAAGACAUGUUACAGGAUCACAAAUUCGUACCAGUUGAACAGAAGAAAGCAGAAGGGGCAGUACGCGAGAACGAAAUACUAUUGCAACGAAGAAAAGGUCCUGCCGGCGACAAUGUUCCCGCAACUAAUGCGACAACCACAACUGUGCCUUACCGAGUAGUAGAUAAUCCUAGUAGACUGUCAGCUGCAGAAUGGGAUCGUGUGGUCGCCGUGUUCGUACAAGGUCCCGCUUGGCAAUUCAAAGGGUGGCCGUGGGAUGGGAAUCCCGUGCAGAUAUUCGCUAAUAUUUGCGCGUUCCAUUUGAAGUAUGACGAGAUGAAGUUGGACGCGAACGUGGCCCGUUGGGCGGUCACCGUUCUCAACCUCAGCCGUACCAAACGGCAUUUAGACCGCGCCGUAUUACUCGGAUUUUGGGAGACACUCGACAAGCACAUGAUGAAGAAUAAACCGCAUCUUAGGUUUUAAGUCUGUUGUAGUUACAUAUGAAUUUUAUCUUAUAGUAUAUUGAAAUUAUAAGGUGUGAAUAUCUUAAACUUUUCAAAAGCAAAGCGAAUCUAAGUCAAUUCAGACCAUCUAAAGUAUAUUUCGGCCAUCCGUCAGGACCCACCUAACAUGUAAUAUUUGAUUCUUAGAUACGUGUACUUUAGUACUUUGUUCCUUUCGAAGUUGUUUUAAUUUAAGACUACAUUAGAUGACGUCCUGAUAAUUUUAGUGUUUAUUUUAAGAUGUGCAAUUUUAUCUGUUCUAUAUGUGUUAAGUAUUUAACCAAACCGGCCCAGUGCAAGCCAGAGUUUCGCAGAGAAGGUUAUGUGGAAAAAAAAUGUUUAAAAUCAUAUUAUAUAUAUAUUAUAACAAUAGGUUUAUCGACAAUACAUAUGAUUAUCUGUGUUUUUCCCAAACGUUUGAAGAUAGAGGAUGGGGAUAAGGUUUCACUUAUUAUCUUAAAUGUCUUCAAAUCGCUAUUGAAUCUUAACAUAAAGAAACUAUUAAUAUAUUAUAGUCUGUAAAACUUUAUUUCUAAUUUACUCCUUCCCAAAUUCAUGAUUUGUAAUUCAAGUAUUAAAAAAAUAAGCCAUAAUUUAAUGAAGAACAUAUGCAACGAAAAAUGCGUUUUAUUCACACCUAGCAACAAGGUACUGAAUCAGAAAUUAUUGAUUAAGCAUGAAACAAGAUGGUUGCCGCUAUUUAUAUAUGUAUCUAUUUAACAAAGAAAAUUUAUUUUAUCACAUACUAUAAUGUCCACGCUUAUAAACUAUCUUAAUUCGACAUACGCACAUUAAUUUAUAAUAAAAAUUGACAUCAAUUUAAUUCGAAUGUUCUAUAUUUAGUUAGCUUUAGUUAUUUUCUAGAUAUUAGAUGUAAAAAAAUACUUAUAUACUUAUGACAGGAAUUCGUCCUUGUGGCGAAGAGAAUAAGGCACAUGAAAUGUCAAAAUUGUAUAUAUGUUUUUAGACGUGGCUGUACAAUAUCUUAUCUUAUUUUUGUUUUGAAUAUUUAAUUAUGGGAACAUGAAUGAUUAGGUAUUUACAUAUGCCCAGUUUAGUAUUAUCAAGAUAUAAAUAUAGAUUGAUUUCAUUGAUUAAUAACAUGCUGUUUAUUUGUAAAUAGUACAAUAUUAUCCUAAACGUGGCCAAUAUGCUUUAUAUGGUUAUGAAAUGUUCAAAGAUCUGUGAUCUUUGUUUUUUUCACAACAAUAAAUUGUUGAACAUAGACUUUUUUUAUUUAGUAUGUAG